GCCGCCAAUGAUUCUCUGCGGCUUGAAUGACAACACAUUUUCUCUCCGAGGCCGCCAGCCUUUCCAAGGGAAAAGAUGAUGCUGAUGCACCCGGGCACGGAUGAAGUGGUCAAGCACAGGAUGUUGCAGGCCAAGUUGCUGUCGAGAGAAGCCAGAGGAGAGCGUCUGAAUCUGGGAAAGAAGAUGAGCGUUCCGCGAGACGUGAUGAUGGAGGAGCUCAACCUGCCGUCCAAUCGAGGCUCUCGUAUGUUUCAGGAGAGGCAGAAGAGACUGGAGAGGUUCACGCUGGAGAACACCCCCGAUACUGUUCACUUCGACAUGAGCGCCCACCCGGUGACCGUUCCUCCCCCGCAAAUCACCCAGGAGCCUCGGGGAGGGAAGGAGAACCAAGCUUUUUCCAUGCCUGGGUAUUCUGGUCCACUGAAGGAGAUUCCUCGUGAGAAGUUCAACACAACAGUGACUCCCAGAUUAUACUGCUCUCCGUGGAGUGAAGCUUUAGGCCGGAACGAGGAUCUCCUGGAGGCCCUCAACACCCAACUGGCUCCCUUACCACAACGAUUCUGCCCUGCCAACUACAGGUGCUUCAACAGGUCUCCCAAGCCUUUUGGAGGUGGAGUGGCUAGCAAGAGAGUGAUACCUGUUUUUGGCUUUGAGGCCGUCGAAUCCCAGAACCUACCUGGUGCCGCUACGGACCGCAUGUGUCAACGGCCUAAUUUCAACAGAGCGCCCGCAGGAUGGGGAGGUCAUCCCUGUCCUGAAUCGAAUGACUUAUGAAAAAGAACCAGUCAGCUUCAGACUACCAUGCUGCUCUAACAAAGAAAUUAAGAGUUAUUUUCACAGCGGCGUGCAGGAUGUCACAGAAUUAUCAAGAUGCGUAAAGAUGAUCAGUUCAACGCUACAUGUUUCUGUCACGUUUGGUUUAUUUAUAUACACUGGGGCUAUCAUCUUAAUAGGAGAAAAUAAUAUUCAAAGAAAAACAACUCUUAAUAAACUAUGUCAUUAAGCUGUUGGAUAUUAAAAGUUUAACAAAAAACCUUGACAGACUGCACUGAUUCAGUCCAUGUGCAAGUGACAAAAU